AUGAGCUCACAGUCUGAACCCGGUCCUGAUCCGAACCACCCGCUGACCAUGCGGGACCCGGCGGAGCGGGGCAGACCCGCCACCUACACCGGGGACAAGAAGGCGAAGCUGGUGGCCAGAGACAACCGGAGGUGGGUGAGGCUGAGCACCGCGGUGGUCUACGUCCUGUCCGUGUCCCUGGCUGCCGUCAUCCUGGCUCUCUACUACAGCCUGGUCUGGAGACCCGCACCCGGUCCCGGACCCGAUCCCGGUCCCGGUCCGGCUCAGUCCGGGGCCGGGACCGGGGAACCGAGAGCCAAGAGCCCCGGGACGGAAGCGGAUUAUAUAAGUGGGAAAAACGCGUCAAAGAGUGAAACUCGGACCGGAUCAGUGGGGGUCUCUCCCGGGGACCCUCCGGUCCCGGGGACCCGGACCUCUGACCUCCAUGUCCCGGGCAGCGCCACCGACCCGACCGGGCCCGCUCGUGCCGGACAAGGCUCCAUCUCCCCGGCUGGGACCACCGCCGAGGACCCGUCCAACCUGCCCACGCACCGGGUCCGGGAUGGAGGCGGGAAAGUUCCGUUGCCGAGGAAACGUGGCGGGACAUCAGCGAGACUUUCAAAAUAA